AUGUUCCGAAAACCAUCCCUGAUCCUGGCUAUCUGCCUCUGCGUGGGAGCCUCCCUGGCCCUCAAACUUCACGCUCCUAUCAGACCCAACGUCCACAUCCAGAAACUGCAGGCGGAGAACAGAGAACUAGCUGCCACCCACACAGACACCUCCAGGAGCUGUUUUGAAUUCUACUCACCCCAACUAAGUGCAGUCGUAGCCCAGUACCAGACUGAAUUCCAGUACUGUACGUCGAACUUUACCAUGGCCAAGGAAGUUAUUGAUAAACGAUAUGCGGAACCCUACAAUGAUAUCAUUCUCCAGUCCACCAACUCCUGCAGUGCCUGUUGUCAGGUUUGGAUCGAGCAGCAACAAACUCUUGAGGAAUUGCUGAAUCGUCUGGACUGUGCCAGUUCUGUGUCUGCCGAGAACUCCAAGAUAUUCUAUGGUAUUUCGGCGAAUGCCACCGAGAUAGCAACAAAAUUGGAGGAGGCCUACCUUACAAUAAAAACUCAAGAGGACAUAUGUUUCAACAAUGCAGAGGUUAGGUAUGUGACGAAUACUGCAGAAACCUACGAAGCUUUGAACGCAUGUCUCAGGGGUGAUGAAAGUAUCCCAAUCAGUUCUACUUAUGAGUAUCCUACUACUACAACCUUUCAGCCGGAAACUACUACCGAGGGUUGGAUAUUUUAA